UAAGCAUGUCCGGUGAAGAGGGUACCAGGUCCCUUAAGCCCACUGUCCCCUUCCAGUGUCCAGAUAACUGAGGCCCCAGUACGCUUCUCUAUAAUACAUUUUGACACAUGAAGAAACAGAUUCCAAGGUCCAGGUGGAGAUGGCUCCCCGUGAGGGGGAGGACCUGCCUAUUAUGAAGCUCCAAACUUUGUCUCUGUAAGCCCUAUUCUUCAAACUCACAUCUGCUGUAUGCACCUCACAGCCGGGAUUCCAGCUUGGUCGAUGCGGAGGCAAGCGCUAUCGUGGGCCACUGAGGAAGGAAACUGAGAGAUCAGCGCGUUCACAGACCGUGGAACCGGAGCCAUGAGUGUGGAGAUUCGGCAGGCCACCCCAUCAUGGUCACUGUCCUGGUAUAUCCAGAAGUACGUGUCAUGGAUUCUGAGGAUUAGGAAAGAGAGAACUGAAGUUGGUGAACUGAGCGGUUCACGUCCGAGGGCAGUGGACCAGGCUUUGGAUCGCUACCUAGACUCCUCGGAGAUGGGAAACCUGAAUUGUUGCUGUAGAGGUUGCUGCAUCCCAGAUGAAGAUGUGCCUCAGAGGAAGAGACACUUUGUCUACGGGACACGGACCCGUUUGUGGCCACCCAGCAGGGUGGAGUCCACAGAUCCCAAUGACGAUUCCAACAGGGUCAUCAUGGAGGUAGUCCCCUGUGUCAGCUCAGAAGAGCAAGAAGAAGAGAAAGAGGAAGAGAAAGAGGAAGAGGAAGAGUCUGUUGGGAAGGUGGAAUCCUUGGACAAAGAGAACGUCAUCCUGGAGAGCUCGAGGGAUCCCUUCCAUUGUCAUAGAAGAUCAGAAGAAUCCAUUGAAUACCCGAGUUGGAUUGUCCAGAGGCAGUGGGACUGGAGUAGCGAUGAAGAAGAUUGUGAGGGCCACUCCAUCUCCGUCACAGCCCUAGUGCACGCUGAAGCAUGCUGGUCUGACACCCCAGAGGAGGAGGAGGAGGAGGAUAAGGCAGAAGCAGCCAUUAGUUCCCAGGAUGAUGCCAGCAAAGAGGGUGAACCUGUAGCCACCAAGACGGCAGAAGCUGCUGCUCUUUGAUCCAUUCCCCUUCCGGCAAUGGGCUCCUCUCACAGUUCACAUUUAGAAUUUUUGCACGUUUGCAACUUUUUACUGUUACGAAUAUUGUGUUUUUACAUAGUUCAGAUUUAGAUAUUUUUGCACAUUUGCAACUUUUUAACGUUACUUAUACUCUGUUUUUAACGUUCACUAUUUAAGAUUGUAAAUAUGUUUCUCCUAUAUUGGUACAUAUUGUAUAGUAAAAGAAAAUUGACUCUCCCGCCACUCUGGAGUAAGACCUUUCCUGUAAAGUAAGCACUUCUAGAAGAAAUCCCUAAAGAGGAGUUGAUUUUCGACAUACUUACCCACAGCCACUCCCUCGACCCGGGCCCCACACAGGGUCUCUACUGGACACAACCGCCCAGUGGGCACUUGUCACUUGUCUCACGUUGCUGUUGCGACGUGACAGGAGUCAGUUUGUCCCUCCUCCUGGAAGGCGUCACGGCAGCUGUAUGACCCAAGGUUGUCUGUGACCACUCAGAUGUUGGCCCUUCACACCUCGGGGCCAGCAUGCUGGUAUAGAGUCCACACUUCCUGUGUCCCUCCCUGAGGCUCAUCAGUGCGCUGCUCCGUUUCCAUUGGGAAGGCUCUGCUUCAGCUCUCUCCUCUGUUCAGUUACCAUCCUGGAAGCCCGGCUUAUUCCCUUGCCCUGGAGCCCAGAGUCUCCCAAGAAUACACUGUGAUCCGGCAGCUCCAGUCAGCGCCCAGUGUGUCCUAGAAACAUAUAUUGUCAGCAAUGA